AUGUGCCCACAGUCUAUUAACAUUUCAAAACAAUUUCGGAAUAAAGAACGAAACCGUGUGAUGGAAAUGUAUACAUCAGUGCCGAAAGAAUAUCAGGAACCGGAACCAGAUUAUCCGUUAAGCGAUUCUGACCUCAUCAGCUACGGCAUCAGUCAACAAGUACCAGUGCUAAGAAUUUUUGAAACUGACGAUUUACCACUACAUCGCGGAGAUUUCACAUCACAGCACGCAAUUAUGGUACGAUCAAGGCAGUUGUCUGAAAUAGCGGGCCUAAUCGACGAAUCAGUCUCCGAUCAACCAACACUGAAACGUUUCUCACGACACAAUCAAUCGAUGCAUUUCCAAUCGUCCUCGCAUAUGUGUCACUUGGAACCUGGUUCUUCUCAACAACAGCAACCGCAUACGUGUUCCAAAUUUAGCUGUCGACUGAAAACGGGAUUCUUUAGUGGAAAUUGGACAUUGCGUGGUAAAAAGGAGCUGAAAAUGCGCCCAUCUGUGCAUGACAUAACUGUUGUACAGACUGGAAAGUCGUCAUCGAAUUUAACAGAAGAAUCGCCGUUGAUAUUGGGUAGUUCGACCAGAUCAAGCUUUCAACUGUCACUUCAACAUCACUUUCAAUAUCAUCAGUGCUAUUCUGUGAACAGUCCUGAACCCUCUGAUUAUAUUCAUAGUAACCAUCCCGCCUCGAUAAAUGACCACCGUAUAUCGCCAGUAUCUCCUCAUCUCAGAAACUUCACAUCAAACAAGUUUUAUGUUGAUUCGGACAGGGAAUCAAGACGAGCACUAGCGGAAACAAUUCACACCACAAAAACCCCACCACAACUUUCCCCUGUUCCCGAAAAUUUUGCUCAGCUUUCGACAAGAAAUCCCUCCAUAGCAACUGGGCAAUCUGGCCUUAUCGUUCCAGUUGAACUUACGACUUCCAACGGCGUUGAUGAAGAACAGGAAGGAAGUGUAAUGUUUAUCAGUAAGGCGUAG